GUGUACAAAACAUCAGGAGAUGUCUGGACGAGGAAAAACCAGCGGCAAAGCUCGGGCCAAGGCCAAGUCUCGCUCGUCCUGGGCUGGACUGCAGUUCCCGGUCGGUCGUGUUCAUAGGCACUUGAGGAAAGGCAACUAUGCUCAGCGGGUGGGUGCAGGAGCCCCUGUCUAUCUGGCUGCUGUGCUCGAGUAUCUGACGGCUGAAAUCCUCGAGCUGGACGGCAACGCGGCCCGGGACAACAAGAAGAGCCGCAUCAUCCCCAGACAUCUGCAGCUGGCCGUCCGCAACGACGAGGAGCUCAACAAGCUGCUGGGAGGGGUGACCAUCGCUCAGGGCGGUGUGUUGCCCAAUAUCCAGGCCGUGCUGUUACCCAAGAAAACCGGCGGAGCGAGCAAGUAAGCGAGAGAAACUCAACACAGUGACCCAAAGGCUCUUUUCAGAGCCACUCACCAUGUCUGUGGAAGGGCUGAUUAUCGAUUAUGUUU